AGAGUGGUACUACAGCGACGUAAGUUGUCUUACGAAGCAAAUCAGAAGCGUUCAAAAACUCUGCCUUCCCACCCUAUUUCUGAGGCGGUACCGCAAAAAAAUCAGUAUAAACAAACUCGAUUAGAACAGAUUAUGGAAAAAAUGAUGGAAAAAAAACUUAACGAAAUGCUUGAAAAUAAAUUGCUUCUACUACAGAAAAAAAUUGCUACACAGCCGUACGCUCAGAAUGCAAAAUGUUCUAACACGCAAAGCACGCUCGCUCUGCGAGAUAAUGAACCGGCUUAUAAUGUAAUUUCUAAAACACCGAAUUCAGCC